AUGCAGUCCACCUCCUCGUCGAGCUCGCUCCGUCAUCAGUUUAUUCCUCUCCUUCCAGACCCACAUAGUCGUGCACGACAACAUUCCGCUCCUUCUUCCACAUCAUUGAAUGCGUCCAUUUGGGCUCCGCAGCCCAAAUCACCGGGUGGCACAUGGCCCAAGGACACGCACGGCUUUGCUGAGCACACUGUGCCUAGUGACAGCAGGCCUAACGUCCCGCAACACGGCUUUUUCCCUGUUGUUGACGAUAGGCCAUUCACCAGGGAAGACGUCUUUGGUCUCCCCAGUGGCAUCAAACCGCCCCCUCAGACUGGUGUUGGUGCCAUUGGCGAAGGGAGGCAGAAAGAUGCUCCCUUCCGUGAAGCAGAGCAUGUCGAAUUGCUACUUCGCUCACUCGAUCUGAAUUCUCCCGCACCGGAACAGCUGUCCCCCGCGGUCGACUUUGACGUUUCUCCAUCGACAUCUUCAUCAUUUCCCAAUACCCCUGUCGAGAGUUCGCCCACGACACCUCGAUCUUCUGACACUCUUUUCCAUCACUUCAACGAACUGUCCGCCUCGGCGAACAAUGUCGGGCUCGGGUUUUCUUCUCAGAACGGAAUCUUACCAGUGAUGCAAAAGCAAUCCCAGGGGUUAUACUGGGGCGAAGUAAAUCCUGCAGCUCUGCGUAAUGAUUUCACUCAUACCCAAGCUGGACAUCAAGCCACGUUCCAGCAGGUGCAUCCGUUCGACCGUGUCUCUGAGAACCGUCCCCCUCUUGCAUUUGCGACCGCGUUGAAUUGUGAUCAUCGACACGCUGCUGCCGUUGACUGGAAUCAGCAGCCGUUUGCGGAGUCACCUUGCUGGUCGCAUUUGACUCCUCCGCUAGACGGUAGGCCAUUUGCGCGUAGCGACUACGAAUUUCCUAAGCUCAAUUUCACCGAAACUGGAAGAACCGGAAAUACCUUUGGCCCAGCAGGUUCAAUGCAAUCGCGAUCUCAGCAGAAUUCCGUAUCAAAUGAGCCAAUCAACUUUCUGUCCCUUCUUCAUCCGUCGUCGACUCCUCCAUAUGCUCUCUUCGUCUCGCGUAUUGUCAAGUCUUCCGACCAACAAGCUUCUAUCUUCUUGCAGCAAAAGCUUAAGGUUGCCGACGAAAAGGAAAGGGCUAAAAUUGUGGAUGCUAUUUGUACUCGUGGGACUGAAAUGAUGUCCCACCGGUUUGGAAAUUGGGCAGUCCAGCGCUGCCUCGAGGCCGCAUCGUCAGUCGAAGAACGACGAAAAAUCGCCGCGUGUAUGAGAGGAAAUGUCGUCGAACUUGCCACCAAUUGUUAUGGCUGCCACGUUCUUCAAAAAGCACUUGAUUGCGAGGAGGACAUUAGGCUCUUGAUCGUUUCCGAACUUCUCUUGGGUGAUCCUGCAAAGACGCUUAUCAAUAAACAUGCCUCGCACGUCUGGAGUAAGAUUAUGGAAAUCAGCUGGACACCCCCAGCUCCGCCCAUCUUCUCCUAUGUGAACAAAGCACUCCAAGGAAAAUGGGCAUCUCUGGCCUGCCACGAGACUGGCUCGCUUGUUGUACAGCACGCUUUCGAGAAUCUCGAGGAAUCCGCCAAGGAUGGUAUCGUAGAUGAGCUUCUGAAUAGAGGCCCGCUUGUCUUUGCUGACGUCGCCAAAAACCAAUGGGGGUCAUACUGUAUCCAACAUAUCUUGGAACAUGGCAGCUACAAACAUCGCGACCUCGCCCUUUCGUUGUUGCUCGCCGGUCUGCUGGAAUUCGCAACAAACGAACAGGGCUUCAAGUCGGUCACGAAGGCCUUGAAAGAGGGAGGUAAGGAUACUCUCGACAAGUUCGUUAAUAGGAUGCGCGAAUCUCCGCCUAGCGGCCGCAGAGCUAUCAUUGUAGAUUUAGCUCUAUCUACAACCGGUAGUCAGCUCAUUGCGAGCGUCCUACCUAACAUUGACAAGGAUCAGAGGACCACAUUAUAUGAUGCGAUCCGCGGCCAUAUCGUUACCUUGCGAGGCUGCAAGACUGGCUCGAAGGUUAUCUGGCUUUUGUGCCGCGCUUACUACGGGUCUUGA